GCUUGACAGGUUUCCCGGAAUUUAUCAUGAAGACGUCUCUCGCGAUGUUGAGCCUGCUGGCCGCUGGGGCCAAUGCCUUCGUGCCCGUGGCGCCGGUGCUCAGCACCCGCGCUUCCGUCAGCAGCUCGGCCACCAGCGCCAUGCAGCACGUGCCGAUGCGCAUGGGCCUCAACCCCGAGCUCGCCGCCAACUUCCCUCGGGACUUCGCCGCCAUUCCCAAGGGCACCGACUACGGGGAGGGGAAGGACGCAGAGAUGAACAAGCUGUUCGAGGAGGUUCGCAUGUCCAACCUGGAGAGCCAGCUCGCGGACUCCCUCGCCAAGGUUGUCGCUGAGAAGAAGAACCCGAUCUUCACGACGGCUCUUAUCGCCGGGGACUGCGUCAUCCUCGACGCCAUCGCCAAGGCCGGUCUCUUGGACAAGAUCAAGGUCGUGUUCGUCGACACGUACUUCCUGUUCCCUGAGUCCCUCGACUUCUUGCACGAGGUUGAGGAGCACUACGGCUUCAAGGCGUCCAUCUACCACUGCGCGGACUGCGAGACGCAACAAGACUUCUAUGACAAGUACGGCGAGGACUACUGGAUGGAGGACAUCGACCAGUACGACAAGAAGUGCAAGGUGGAGCCGCUGAUGCGGGCCCUCAAGGAGGCGGAGACGGAGGCCUGGAUCAACGGUCGCCGCCGAGACCACGGCUUCGAGCGCGCCGCCCUGCCCGUGUGGGAGGGGACCAAGUUCAACCCGCUGGCCUUCUGGUCGUUUGAGGACUGCUGGACCUACCUGCGGAAGCACAACGUGCCCUACCACCCCCUGCACGACGUCGGCUUCUCCUCUCUGGGAGACAUGCAGAGCACCCGCAAGGUUCCGCUCGAGAACUGGUUCAGCUACGGCGGGGAGCGGUCCGGCAGGUUCGAGGGCAUGAAGAACAAGGACGGCUCCGAGAAGACCGAGUGCGGCAUCCACAGCAAGUAAUACAACCAGCACAAAAAGGGGAAACGAAAAACGUUUUCUUUUUUGUCGGGGGAGGAAGCUUCACCUUCGUGGUACUAUUCUUAUCAUAGACCUUAGGCUGCGGCGAAGAAGGCGAUCAUCGGGUGGGGAUCGUAGACGACCGCACAGAUAGUGACACGACCAGUUCGGUGCGCCAGCUUUUUUGUUGUUGUUGCUGAGAAGGGCGCCUGACAUUUCGGUCCCGGUCUUUUGUUAGAGUCAGUCCUGGUUUGAGGGGUCGGGUCUGUUUUGGGAGUAUGGCAUGGUGUCUUAUUGCCUGUCCCUGCCGCCCCUUGCCUGCCCUAUCUGGGGCUUGGCUGCGUGAUGAACGUAGAGUAAUCAUUUCAUUUAUCUAGUACAUACGGAAAAUACUCACGGCGCCGAAAGCUAGGCUUUUGCGGCACGGGAGGCUAAGAGAUUUGACACGUUACAGGCAGUACUCCUCGGUUUGGUUACGUCAGAGUUGCUUCCAAAAGGGUUCGUUCACAAGCGGUCGUUCUCCAGCGGCGCCCUCCCCCGGUGCCUCCCGCUUGGCUUGCAUCCAAAGGGUCUUUGUUAGGCACAGGAUAUUGAUUGAGCUGCCCCCCUAGCCGCUGUUGCACCCCUGGAUGGCGCCCAUUUUCGUGAAGUCGCAGUUAGAACCGGCGGUCGUAUGUUUUUGUUCCUCUGGGUGGGGAAGACCAGGCCUCCAUGAACUGUGGUUACCAUCACUCGCGUUCAGGUUUGCACGCAUCAUUGGGGGGACGCGCUCGCAGCAAUUCGUGUUUUAGCCCGCUGAAGGGUGUGCGGUGGGCGUUACGAUAUUAUCGCUCAAACAGCAGUCAGUUUGGUCAUACCUGGUAGAUGUUUGGUUUCUUGUGAUGGUAUAACUGCUGUCUCAGGUGUGUUCACCACUCGAACAGACUCAUACUUCCAAGUCGAUUAUCACCCAGCAGAUUUACCCCCGUAAUGAUCCAGUGAAUAUUUCAUUUGAACACAUGCCUUCGAACGGGGUACGUAUUUUCCCGAACGGGUAGUCGUUCAGUUUGUUUUUGCCUACUAAGAGAGUCAUGUUAAUCAAGUCCGUAUAUGUUCCUGGUCGACGAUGACUCGUACGGUAUUCCGUCCAAGCAUAUGUAGAAAUACCUCGUUGACCUAAAAAGACAAGAGAGGGCAGUU